AUCACGAGUGAACCGCUUCGGCGAGAACUUUUUUUAGCAGAAAAAGCGAGACAUCGCAAGUGCGAGUUUUGUGUGUGGUGCCGCAGCAGCAGAGGAAAACCAUCGUGAACCUGCAAAUUUGUCUCCUCCGGAGCACUAAAAUAUCACCUAUUGCUACUUUGGGAACCUGUGUAAGUUCGGACGUGUAUUACACUAGCUGUAAUCAGUGAAAUCGGACCGAAAAGAUGCCUUCCAGCGAUCCUUUGCCACCCAAGGAGAGUGCCCUGUUCCGCAAGAUUCUAAAAUGCUACGAGAUGAAACAAUAUAAAAAUGGGCUGAAGCUUGCGAAGCAGAUCCUCACCAAUCCGAAGUUCACCGAACAUGGUGAGACUUUGGCAAUGAAGGGUCUUACCCUGAACUGUCUUGGUCGAAAGGAGGAAGCGUACGAUUACGUUCGCCGAGGUCUACGAAACGAUCUUAAAUCGCAUGUCUGUUGGCACGUGUACGGUUUGCUGCAGCGGUCGGACAAAAAGUACGAGGAAGCCAUCAAAUGCUACCGGAAUGCGCUCAAGUGGGAAAAGGACAACAUCCAAAUUCUGCGUGAUCUGUCGCUGCUGCAGAUACAGAUGCGGGAUCUCGAGGGAUACCGAGAUACUCGUCAUCAUCUGUUCAAGUUGCGCCCGUCGCAGCAUGCUUCGUGGGUCGGUUUUGCCAUGAGUUACCAUCUGCUGGGAGAUUACGAAACAGCCAUGAACAUCCUGGAAACCUUUCGAGCCUCGCAAACUGUGGAAACAUACGACUACAAGCACAGUGAAUUACUUCUAUACCAGAACCAAGUGAUUCAAGAAUCGGGCAACUACGAGAAGGCGUUGCAACACCUGAAAGAGUAUCAAUCACAAAUCCUAGAUACGCUCGCAGUAAAAGAGACCAUGGGUGAACUGUGCCUUAAGCUCAAUCGCCACGAGGAAGCCGUUGGGGUGUAUCAAGACUUGAUCAAGCGAAACCCGGAAAAUAUCGCCUAUUAUCAGCAGUAUCUGAAGGCACUGCAAGUGGAAGAUGGACCCGACGUGAUUGCAGCGUACCAGAAAAUACAAACCGAAUAUCCGCAGUCCUUCUGUGCCAAACGGUUACCAUUGGAUGUUGCCCAAGAUGAUGCCUUCCGUACGUUGAUCGAUGAACACCUCCGACGAAAUCUUCGAAAGGGUGUUCCACCUCUGUUCGUGAACCUGCGCUCUCUGUAUCGGGACGAGAAAAAGGUCCGUGUCAUUUCGGAGCUGGUCGAAGACUAUCAUCAGAAUUUGACUAGCAGUGGUUACUUCUCUGCUGCUGACAAGGAACAAAAUCUGCUCAAGGAGCCGGCCUCUGCAUUGUUGUGGACUCUGUUCUAUCUGGCACAGCACUAUGACCACCUACGGGAAUCGGAGAAGGCAUUAGACUUUAUAAACGCGGCCAUCGAUCAUACUCCGACGCUGAUCGAGCUCUUCGUCACCAAGGGCCGCAUCUACAAACACGCUGGCGAUGUUCUGGAAGCGGUCAAAUGGAUGGACGAAGCACAAAGUCUCGAUACGGCUGAUCGUUAUAUCAAUUCAAAGUGCGCAAAGUACAUGCUACGUGCCAAUCAGAUCAAGGAAGCGGAGGAAAUUUGCGCCAAGUUUACCCGGGAGGGCGUUUCGGCUAUGGAAAAUCUUAACGAGAUGCAAUGCAUGUGGUUCCAGACGGAAUGUGCCCUCUCCUACCAGCGGUUAGAAAAGUGGGGCGAAGCGUUGAAAAAGUGCCACGAAAUCGAUCGACAUUUCUCAGAAAUCAUCGAAGAUCAGUUUGACUUCCAUACGUAUUGCAUGCGUAAGAUGACACUCCGCUCUUAUGUCGGUUUGCUAAGGUUAGAAGACGUUUUACGAAGGCAUCCUUUCUAUUUCAAAGCUGCCAAGUGCGCCAUUGAGGUCUAUCUUCGCCUUUUCGAUAAACCCCUACCCGCAGAAUCAGCUGAAGAAGAACUGGAUAUUGAAAACCUACCGCCAUCGGAACUGAAAAAAUUGCGCAACAAACAACGCAAAGCUGCGAAAAAGAAGGCCGAACAGGAAAAUGCUCAAGCUGCACAGGCAAACCAGAAAAAGGAACAACACAACAAGCAGCGGAACCAGAAUCAAGAUGGAGAUCCAGAAGCACCGCAAUUGGACGAACUGAUACCGGAUAAACUGGCCCGACCGGAAGAUCCUCUCGAAAAGGCGAUCGAGUUCCUUCGACCGCUACAACAGCUUGCCAAAGAGAACAUCGAAACCCACCUGAUGGCUUUCGAAAUCUAUUGUCGCCGAGGCAAGCUGCUGUUAAUGUUGCAAUCCCUGAAACGAGCUCGUGCUAUCGAUCAGAACAAUCCUACAUUGCACAGCUGUCUGAUACGGUUUCACAAGAUUUUAGAAAGUAAAACCGCAGGCAACGAGCUGGAUGAAACCGUAAAAAUGGUCAUCGAUAGGGAAUGGGAAAAACUCUUCCGGGGAUCGAAGUCCGCUGCUGCGAUCAACGAUGGCUAUCUGGCGGCGAACGGUGACAACGCAGAAGCUAGAUAUGAAGUCGCCAAGAUUAUGCACCAGUUAGAUGAAAAGAGACGGAACGAAGCGGUCAAAUUGCUUACAUCUGCGGACUUGAAAAAAGUAACACUAGAGGACGUGACAAAGGUGUUUCUCCUGCUGAAAUCCGGCUUCUUCGGAGGCCUUACUGAGGAUCAAAUCGAUGCAUUCAAGAAGAGCUGCCAGAAACGAUUCCCGCUCGCGGUUAUAUUCGCCGAUGUUGCCUCUACCGUUGCCACCCUCACCACUACCCAAUCAUCGUCGCCGACCUCCUCGGCGACAGUCACUACCAGUGCUACCGGAAUAACCAUGUGUCCGGUCGAACAACAGUCGAAAGCCACCCCCUCACAACAGCAAAACAAAGGAAGUGAAAUAAAAGCAAACUAACACGCAUAAGAGAGAUUCAAACAGCCGAUACCGAAAAAAUAGAGGAUCUAGCAUUGCCGUUUUCGAUGUCUGAAAAUGGUAGACCGCAUCAAGUGGAAUGACAGUUUAGUUUUUUUUUUAAUCUUAUUCAUGAGAACUAUUUUAGCUCUGCUAUCAAACAGAAGUUCUACGAGAUGAUUUACUACGAACAUAAUUUACUUAGUUAUACAGUCAGGACUAAACAAGAACAAAACAUUGGACUGUCGGCCACAUUGCCAUACAUAUGAAUCGCUCGCAAUGAGUGCACCAUUUCACAGUAUCCUUUCGUUUUGAGUGUAGAUCAUUCAUUUUCAGCAUUGUGCAAGAGGGAAGGCUGAAUUUGCCUCGCCUCUAUUUCCAGUAAAUGGAAUUUUUCAAAUGGGACGUAGAUAAUACAAUUCUGUGUAUCGCUAUGCCUCAUAUUUGUUUCUGUGACAUUAUUUUGAUUUAGGUGCAUAUAGAAUGCAGUAGUUUAGCCACUAAAACAUUUCUGUAAUAUAGGAAUAUGAGAAUUAUAAAAUACAAAACUGGUUGAUUUUCCCCCUUUCGUUCCUUUGUGUAUAUUAUACAGAACGAUUUCAACUCGACUCCGACUAUUUUUUAACUUCAUGACUCAUAAGACAUUCGUUCGACUUUAACAGAAAUUUUGUCCUAUGAUCAUUCGCAAUCCUCGUACUCAGUCAGAGCAGAACCUAAUCUAAUCACAGUCCUUGCGAACCAGAAUCGUUUUGCGUGAUGACAACACACAACUAACGUAUAAAAUGAGAAUGGCUUUGUUAGCUAGGAAAGGGCAGAAAAUUCGUAUGAAGUCGUUUUUUUUAAAUCUACACAAACAAAAUAUAGUUGGGUAUAGCCGCAAACAACAUAACAAAUCAGACGUGUGAACUCGAAACCCGAAUAUUAGAAGGAGCUUAGAAAAUAUCA